AGAACCUUUAACAACAGUCUAAGUUCUAACGCGACUGCCGAAAAAAAUUAUUGUUAGUAUGCUACUGUUAAGUAAAAAAGGCUCCGUUAGUGUUAGUUGAAAGAUUGUAAAAUAUUAAAAUUUUAAUUUAAGGUUGACGCUCUGAAAGCUAGUUUGCAAGAAUAUUAUGGUUAAGUAAUGUUUACGUAUUUGUAACACUAAAAACAAAGGUUAAGUGUCGACUCUGACUAAUCUAAGUGAAACUGAAAGCCGAUAUACCUUGUCAAACUCAAAAUCCUAUUCUCGGUUAUCAAACUCAAUCAAACUUCAACAGUUCAAGUCAAAAUAACGGUCCACAAAACCAUCGGAACGGAUCUGAACCAACAGAAUUGCACAGGAACGGUAGGAUAGCAGCAAAACAAUGUGGAAUACACGAGAUAAGGAAGAUACAGGUUAUUCAAGGGGAAUUGGGCCUGCAAUGUAUCCACCUUGGCAUGAAAACAGACUGCAUCAUAGAGAUGGACCCUCUUCCCCUCCACAUCCAAUAGGCUCACCUUCAGAAGGAAUAAGUCCACCUCGAAAGCGACCUCUUCUUCCAACUCAUGGACUUAAACCACAGAAAAAUGUAAGACAAGAUGUAGAAAAUUAUCCUGGUCCACUUAGACGAGCUCCACCACCAUAUGAAGACCCACUGCCUCCAGGAUCUGAGCUACUUCCAGAUAUUUGUGGCAGUAAAUUUGGCCCUGGUCCCUUAUUACAGACACCAGGUCUAGAAGGUCCAGAUGGAGAACAUUUUCCUGGACCACCAAAGCGAGGUCCUCCGAUAUAUGAAAAUCUACUUCCUCCAGGAUCUGAGUUACUUCCAGAUAAUCAUAGUGGUAUGCCUGGUUCUGGAUCUUCACAACAGAUGUCAGACAUGGAAGGUACCAUGGAAAAUAAAAUCCCAGGAGAAGUCCCAGACUUAAACCUUUUUUUGUGUGAAACUUGUAAUUGUUCUAUGAACUCUGAAGUAAUGAUGAAAGCUCACUUAGAAGGGAAGCGUCACAGACAGAAUGUACAGAAACAGAAAGGAGGUGGAAAGUCCAAAAAAGCUAAAGGUGGGAAUAACUAUAUAAAUGUUUCAAACUGUCCAGCUACAGUUCAUAAUCCACCAUCAGUUGCGAUGUUCAGUACAAUUCAGCACAAAGUGGAUAACAUUGAGGAACCUGUUAUAGGUUUGAAUUUUGUUGUUGAGUACCGUGGAGAAGAUUCCAGUGAUGAAGUUAUUUUUGAAUGUUCCAUCUGUGAUUGCAGAUGCACAGAGAGCAGCAUUAUAAAUCAUCUUGUAGGGAUGAAACACCGCUUACAGAUAUUGAAACAUUAUGAUCCAAAUCUUCAUAUGGACAUCAUUCAACGGAAACUGCGUAAAUCUGAGAUGAAUAUCAUUGCAACUGAGCAUGCUGAGCAUCUAGAAAAAAUGUAUGGAAGAGGAUCUAUCAAAGUUCUUCUGAAAUGCCCUCCUGAUAUAAGUACACAACAGGUGGUAAAAAAACUACAUCUAGAUGAAGAAAAAUUCUCUCCAAACAAAAGAUUUGAUGGCAGGCAAAUGGAAGAUAGACAGGUAGGAACAGAGGUUAAUAGACCUACGAUGGGUGGUCUUUCCCAAACCCAAUCAGAAACAUCAGAUUCAGGAUUUGAAAUUGUUGUCUUAGAACAGUUGUCAAACUGUGUUAUUAAGACGGAGGAAGAUGCUGCAGUUGUGAUGAAAGUGAUCAAUUCUCUUACUCAGAUGCUUCUACAAUAUAAACUCAGAAGCCUGCCAGCAGCUGUUAGAGAGCUCCUUACAAAAACCUUGUUGAAUGAAGGAGGAAAAGGAUUAGAAUCAAUCCUAGGUCUUAAUGAUGGCAGUACCAAUUUGGCAACUGCUUUAAAAGACAUGAUAAAUGAGGAAGAGAACAAUAAAACAAGUGAUAGUAAUCCAACAGGGGGCUCUGGUGGCAUCUCUGGUCCACCAGAUAGCACUAGUGGGAUUUCUGACACACCAGCCAGCAGUGAGAGAAACCUCGAACGUUCUGACCCACCAAUGAGCACUGAUAAGAACCUUGAGCAUUCUGACCCGUCAAUGAACACCCAGAGGAACCUUGAAUGUUUUGAUCCACCAAUGAGUACUGAGAGGAACCUUGAACAAAAUACAGAAAUCAACCAAUUUCAGGGAAGCAUGCCUCCCAUUUCACAAGGUAUGAUGCCAGUAAAUGGUAUGCAGCAGUAUGGGCCAGUAACAGGUGAGGCUAACUACAAUCCCAUGUGGAUGAAUCCUAUGCAAGGAAUGAACAACAUGCCAGGAAUGAACAACAUGCCAGCAAUGAACAACAUGCCAGGAAUGAACAACAUGCCAGCAAUGAACAACAUGCCAGCAAUGAAUAACAUGCCAGGAAUGAAUAACAUGCCAGGAAUGAACAACAUGCCAGGAAUGAACAACAUGCCAGGAAUGAACAACAUGCAUAUGAUGUAUCCCCCAAUGCCACAAGGAGCAAUGGGUAACAUGGGUGGUUGGUUUGGGAAUGCACAAGAUUAUCAGUAUCCACAGUGGGGAUGGAAUUAUCCUCAACAAUAGUUUACACCUGGCAUGAGCAACCCUGCACAAGAGCAUUCUAUGGGCAAUUGUUAAUUACAACAGUAAAAAAGUUCAAUGUGAGGCCUCACCCAUAACUUGUUCAUCUUAUCCUUUUUUUUUUCCAUGGUAUCAGUGCUAAUUGUAAUGGUGUUUGGUUUUUCAAGAAUAUCAAGUAAUUACAGUUAAUGCACAACCAACUGCUUUUUCUCUGUUUUAUUCAUGAUAUGCAUCAUAUUAUAACUGAAAUUAUGUGUGUAUAUGGUUUGGAGAUGUAUGAUUUCUAAUGCUUAUUAUCAUAGAUAAAACUCCAUUAGAAUUACAGUUUUCUUGAAUAGUUUUUUUUUAAUCAUCUUACUGAGGAUUUCCUUUAGCUCGGGUUCAGUAGCCACUGUAUGUAUCAUUAACAAAUCUACUUUAUAUAUUACAAGUGUUAAUUUUUAUAUCUUACUAUAAAAUAACUAAAAAUUAUUCAAAAGGUGUUGACUCAAAAUUGCACUUGUUAUACUUAUGUUUGAAACAAACUAAAAAUGUGGCAGAUCUACUCACUAUAUAGAGUUAUUUUAGACUGCUAUCUUUAUAUUGUGAAGAAGCAUGUUUCUUUUUGUAGCAAACUUACAUGUACUCAAAAGAUAAAGUUCACUUGUGUAAUUAUAAUCAAAUUUGAGAAUGCUAUAAAUGUAGUAAAAAUCCUUUUCUAUAAAUAUAUUAUCAUACUUAUGUAGCAUACUAAGCAAUCUUAGUUUAAAUCAAUGGUGGUUUCGUAUAACUUAUAGAAGUGUUUAGGUUUUACAUAAAAUAAUAGCUAGACAAAUAGUUAACCUAAAAAAAAAGUUGUUAUUAUUGAGUUUGUGCUUCACAGGUAUCUAUUCUGCUUAAUACUGGAAUUUCACUUCAGUAAUCUAAACUUUAAUUUUUUUAUCCUUUUGUUUAAGAAAAUUCACUCAAAAAUUGAAAUGGGAGCACCAAUAUAUGUGCUUAACUCUUUUAGUAUUAACACAACCUGUCAAGUUUUGAAUGAAUUAUCACAUACAGGUGUGUCUAGUCAGCAUACAACUGGGUCAUCACAGUGAAAGAUAAGUAAUCUGUAAUAGUAGAAAUCUUAAAAUCAUGUAAUAGGUGUCAAAAAAAAGAAGGUUAUUUUUUCUUUUGGCUAUAACUUGUAAUUUAUGGUCAAGAAAAGUAGGCUGUAGUGUUGUCCAAUCCAAAAAUAUUCAUUAAGUGCAGUAAUUGUAUCAGGUUUUCUUUUAUCUUUAGUUUAUCCAAUAUGAACAGGAGAGAUCAUUCUGUAGCAUAUUCCUUUACAAGAAACGAUGAAAACAAAUAGGAAAUAUUAAUGUGGAUUUGAGUUACGAUUGAUGAACUUGAAAUGCCAAUUUUUUUUUAAAGAAGUGAUCAGUCUGGAAUAUGUGUUUUCAUGUUCACACUUGCCCGGCAUGGCCCGGUGGAUAAGUCACUCGACUCGCAAUCCGAGGGUCGCGGGUUCGCGUCCUUGUCGCACCAAACAUGCCCACUUGGGCAUGGGGCUAGCAACUCCACCCCGAUAACAAUCUGCUACAGAAACUGCAACAACACUUUCGUCGGCGAAGUGUUAUUGUUGUAGCCCUAUGUUCCACUAGGAACGACAGGAACUAAGAAGAUGUUCACACUUAAAAUGUGAAAUCAAAGUGAAUUUACAUGUCUUUAAUUUUGUUUCAGAACAGCAUAGUUAGAAGGUUUGAUAUAUUAAAUGAACAUGAUACAAGCAUACUUAUAUGAAUGUUCUUCUGUGCUUUACUUCAAUGACUUCACAAUGUUUUCAUCAUAAAACAACUUUUUUCUUUGUAUUUGUGUAAAAUAUAGUUUGAAUAAAAAACUUUUUGAAAAUGAUUUUAAUAAUAUUAAUUUUCAAAUUUAUAUACAAUAAAAUAAUAUUAGAAGGACAACCAUAGGUGGUCUAAAGAUGCAUAUAAAUGUAUGCUGCAAAGGCUGUAUUUUAAGUUGGGUAAACCAGGUUAUAAAAAUUGUUUUUGGAAAACAUGUUUGAGGGGGGAUCAUUCUAUUUGUUUACACAGUCACUGUCAUUUUUUUUGUAAACUUAAGUCAUUACAUUUAUAAUAAAUGGCAUUUCAGACAGA